AUGCAAGAGAUUGUUGAUCCUGGAACUCAAAUCCCAGCUAAUACAAAUUUUAUGCAUGCUCAAAACGCAACGUGGUUUUCAAGAUCAACAACAUACAAAAUUGGAUUUAGUAAUCCUAAUGUGGUAUCUGAAGAUAUUCCUGAAAGUCAAGAAUUUGAACAUCUCACCAAAUCAAAAAAAGUUAUACGUAGUUGGGCACGCUCAUGGCAUCAGUCCAAUUACACCUGUCAUCUAAUAAUAGAAAGCGUUCUCGGAAAGUACGCAACUGCUAUUAGUAAAAAAACUCGUAUUCUGACUUUAAGUGUCCAAGGCUUAAAGGAAAUUCAGCAUCGACAUGAAUUUGAAACUCAGAUGUUGGAUAGAGUACUUCCUAAUGGUCCAGCUGUAAAAGUUGGUGAAGCGGUUGAUCGUUUGGUACAAGUAUUAAAAAUAGAUCGAGUUGAUCCUGGACAACAAUUACAAGAGCCGCAACCACAACAGCCUCAUCUCUCACAACAAGCUGGUCAACAAGAAUUUGUCACACAGCAACCGCGGCAACAAGUCACACCUCCUGCUUCACCAGUACAUGAUGUUAGUAUUAGUGACAGACAAGGAACUAAACAGGUUGAUGAAGAUAGCAGUACGGAAAAGGUUGAACUCCCGCAAACCACUAUUCAGGGUAGAUCAACUGAUAAAUUAAGGAUAACUUCCAAUAAUGACAUGUCUGAAAUUACAAGUAAAGAUAGCAAAGAUGGAUUUCUUUAUGAUAUAUGCGAUCUUGAAGAGCUUGUAGCUAUUAACUCCAGGAAUUGUGAUGAAAGAGCUGGUCAUAUUAAAUUCUCAGCAAUU